CGAAUACCGACGGAGACCAGCCAUAAGACAGGAAGAAAAGCAGCAGGUUCACCUCAAAUUGGCCAAGCCGAGAUAAGAUUCCAUCGUCUUCAUAAGCUUUGCCUCACAUUGAGUUAUCACUGUCAUAUCAAACCCCAGCCUGCAUUCAGAUACGCUGUAACGGAAAAUGACUUCUACCGAAAGCCGGAUUGCCAUUGUUGGUGCAGGAGCCUUUGGGCUCUCAACUGCCCUCCAUCUUGCAAAAACAGGCUAUCGCAAUGUUACAGUGUUCGAUUACCAACCCUACGACAUCAAUGCGUAUAACUCCGACGAAGGAUGUGAUUCCGCCUCAUCAGAUGUCAAUAAGAUCUACCGCUGUUCCUAUGGUCAUGAGGUAGAGUACCAAGAUCUUGCCUUCUCGGGGCGACCAGUUUGGCUGGAAUGGAACGAAAUGAUAUCUUCAACAUCGCCUGAAGACUUGCCACAAGGUCUUACUCCAGACACAAAGCUAUUCGUCGAUUGUGGGCUGUUGAGGUUCUCCAUGGAGUCAGAACUAAGCCAAUAUGACAAGGAUUGCUUGGAAGAGUUAGAAAAAGCGGGACUACGACAUUGGCAGCACAUCGUGGGAGAUGAGCGAGACAUGAAACGACUAAAAGAAAGAAUAGCCGAACAUUCGGACGAAAAAUGGGAUACAAGGCUUAGUCUUGCUCGUUCUUUCCAAGAAGGAAAGUUAGCUUCAUUCCUCGACAUCUCCGCUGGGCUUACAUAUGCAGACAAGGCUUGUAUCUGGGUGCGCUACCUCUGUGAAAAAGCUGGGGUCAAGUUCGUGCUCGGACAGAAAGAGGGCAAGCUCGAAAAUCUUAUCAUUAAUGGAGCAGGAUAUUCGAAGAAAAUCAAGGGGCUGGAGACUGCGGACGGGAAGGAACAUUUUGCUGAUGUCACAAUCGUUGCUUGUGGUGGAUGGACACCAAGUGUGGUUCAAGAUGUCAAUGGCAUCCUCCAAACGACAGCAGGAUCUGUGAUUACUAUUCAGCUGCCAAAAGAACGUCAGGAUCUAUGGGACAAGUACUCCCCAGACAACUUUGCUGUUUGGUCAUACGGUGUGACAACACAACAUGGCCCAGAGUAUGGAGGAUUCUAUGGAUUUCCGAGAACUCCUGAAGGAAAGAUCAAAAUUGGGUACCGCGGCCGGAAAUGGACCAACUACCAAUUAAAUCCAAAGACCAACACGCGUUUAUCAGUGCCUCGAACCAAAUACACAGAGGAGAAAGCUGUAAAUCUGCCAAAGAAGGCCAUAUCAAAUCUCAAAGAGCUUGUUGGAGAUAUGUUCCCUGACCUGAAGGAAGUUGGUAUCACUGAUACUAGAAUGUGCUGGUACACCGAUUCCUUGGACAACUCCUUUGUGAUCGACUACGUCCCAGGAUACAACAAAACCUUGUUCGUCGCUUCUGGUGGAUCAGGACAUGGCUUCAAAUUUCUACCCGUACUCGGACAACACGUCGUCAACCAACUGGAAGGGAAAACCGAUGUAUUCACACCGAUCUGGAAAUGGCGUUUUCCCACUCCCGGCUCGGAUCCGAACGGCUUGAUUGAAGGAGAACAUUCUGGACGAGACUUGGGAGAGCUUGAGAUGGCUGAUAAGAAAGACUGGCAGUGGAAAUGAGCGGAAAAUCUAAUAAUAAUCCACAGCCAAAAGUGCUUUGCACAUAUGGUGUACGAUAGCAAUCGAGUCAAUCUGUUUAUAGAUGAGG